UCACAAUUUUGGCCACGCACGUCGUACGCGUACGGUAAGGUUCGGUUUAUUAUACCGUGAUCUGCUUGCAGAAGUACAGUAUACGUAAUUGAUGAGAUUAGUUUACUAAAGCGAAUUCCUUCUGAUGUCGUUACCGAAAUUGCUGCAAAGUUAAGAUUGUUUGGGUCAGUAAAGGUUCCAUCCAAGUCAUUCUGUGCGUCGGCGGAGAAAUCCGGUCGCAUCAGACGCUGGACUGUGUGCAAUAUUACGAUCCAAUCAGCUCCAGCUGGGCCCAGAAGAAGAGUUUACCAUAUCCCGUAUGCGGCGCCGGUCUGGUUAACCUGCAUGAUAAGUACUUAUUUGUGUGCGGUGGAUAUUCGCCAAGUACAUACUGCUGUCGACGCGUCUAUCGCUAUGACUUUGAUUUCGACUUUUGGAAGGAAGUGGCAGCGAUGCGUUACGACCGCUACGGACAUUCAGUUGUCAUUCUCAGCGACCGCAUCUACGCAAUUGGUGGAGAUCGUGGUGGCAUCAUACUGCAAGCCGUUGAGCGGUAUGAUUUCGCUGUCGACAAGUGGCAUGCUGUAGCCGACCUACCGGUGCCGCUGUAUCGGUGCACUGCGGUGGCACACAACGGUCAUCUGUACACGUUUGGAGGUUUGUCGCCCGAUGGACGCGCUCUCAGUACUACACUCCGCUAUGAUCCACAAACCGAUGCCUGGAGCGAAUUGACCGGAAUGCCGACGGCGCGGUUCUGGUGUUCGGCAUGUGGGGGUCCGGACGGCCUGAUCUACGUUUUUGGAUCUUUCAGGGGGAAUGUCGAGAAUCGACGUAGGAAUCAGUAAUAGUAUUCUAUCUACCGUGGAGGCGUAUGACACUUCUACAAACCAGUGGCUAACGAAAAGUAUGGUUCGUAUUCUGUUUCAAAAAGAAUGAGCUUGUGGGUUAACAGCUGUACUAAUUUCGGAACGGCCUAACCGUCUGACUGCCUUUUACACAGGUAGUUUAAAUAAACGUCGAUACCAUGUCGGAGCUGCUUGUGUUAAUAACAAAAUGUACGUCCUGGGAGGGUUCACAGGUGGCAUGACCGAUGAUUCAAUCGAAGACUACGACGAAGAUUCUGACCGCUGGACUGUGCAGGGGAGCCGCCUACCGCGAGGCAUGUGCAAUUUUGGAUGUGCCGUAGUGCGCAGGAAACCUCCUGGACCCAUACGAAAUGGUUGAAAGAAGACUUAUUCCUAAUAAUUCUUUAAUAUGUUUUUUUUGUCACACCCAGUUCUUGGUAACCCAGACACGUAACAACGUCAGGCAUAAAUGUUAUUAGUUUUCAAUGGCGAUAAAUUCUUGGGCUGUUAUUACCUCGUACUUAAUUGCUUUUAACGUUGUUCAGGAGAACUUUUGUCGGCGUGAAAGCAAGGUUUUCAAUAUCGGAUAUCCAUCUUAUCAAAGCUCAAUGCAGUACAAUUAUGCACAUAUAAU